UUGAUGCUAAAGUGGCCCUGUUUCCCUUAAAUAACAGAUUAAUUGUUUAUGCUAAAAAACCUCAAACAGUGUGUAGGAUUGUCAGGAGUGUUAUGUUUCCUUAAACUGUUUUUUUUUUUUUAAGUAAAUCCUGUAAAAAUGGUCCUGUUUUGUGCUGAGCUAACAGAAGUUAAAGUUGUUUAUAAUAUGUUAAAGUCUAUAGCUAUUAAGGAGUUUGCCAUUUUACAACCGAUGGAAGAAGGAUUGAAAGUGACCAUCGACGAAAAAUGUAUAGAGACUUCGGCAUACAUUCCAAGCAACAUGUUUCUAUCGUACCACAUAGCAGAUGAUGACAAUAUUAUGUUCAGAAUAAACCUUAAAACCCUCACGGAUAUACUCAAUAUUUUUGGAGAUGAUAGCAAUGCCAGUUUGAAACUGACCUUCAGAUGUAUCGGGGACCCUCUGUGUGUGGUGAUGACCCAUACUGAGGAAAAUAUUACAGUCGAUUGUGAGAUCAAAACAAUGAAUUUAGACGAUUUCGACAAUCCUAGUUUAUCAGAGGAAUGCAACUUGAACAAAAUCGUGGUCACCGGAAGUAUUUUUUACGAGCUGUUGCUCAGACUUGAUAACUCUGCCGAGGAUUUGAAAAUUAUGUUUAGUCCAGAUUUUCCGUAUUUUAAUUUGAAAAGUACCAGCUUAUCGGGAGAGUCAGAAGUAUCUCUUAACAAAAACUCCGAGUGCGUACACUCAUAUUUGUGUAAAGAAAAAACCGAUUUUACAUAUGCCUUCUCGAACAUCAGGCAUAUUAUUAAAGUGUUAAAUUAUGCCAGCAGGGUUGCUAUUUCAACGGGAAAUUCGGGUCUGUUAGGGUUGCAGUUAAUCAUUACUUCUGAUGAUAAUCAAAUGUAUGUAGAGUAUUAUGUUACUGCUCAGUAUAUGAGAGAUGAUUAAAAUAAAAAUUGUUGUUUUUAAA